CGCCCACGUCCACUCUGGGCAAAGCAGCCCAGUCCAGUCCAUUGCAGUAACACCGCAACAUUUUGUGAAAUUGCACUUGCCAUCUUCUCCUUUUCCAAUCCGAACGCCCACUCCACGACCUCCCCACGACCUCGAUACCUCGCUCUCACACGGCCAACACUACCUCACCUCUACCCGACCCCGUCUCCAUCUCCAAGACAUCUCUCGGUCGCCGCAUUUUUGGUGACUGGAUAGCCAAUCCCAUCAACCAUACCACCACUAUUCUUCCCCAGUCAAUCCUCUGAGGUAGACACUCCCCUUAUUACCCUUUUGUUGUUUGUUGGUACGGACCCGUUGUCGAGAAAUUAAAGGCGCCAACCGCCAGCUGUCACCAUGUCUCUGCCUGCCAAGAUGAUGCGCCGCAAGAAGAACGUCAAGAAGGGUAUCCAGUUCUGCCUGAUGGUCUGUGGCGCCUCAGGAACUGGCCGUACCACCUUUGUCAACACCCUCUGCGGCAAAGAGGUUCUCACUCACAAGGACUCCGAUGAUCCCGCGACCGCCCACGUUGAGGAAGGCGUCAAGAUCAAGCCCAUCACAGUUGAGCUUGAGCUGGACGAGGAAGGGACGCGUAUCGCCCUUACCAUCGUCGACACCCCCGGCUUCGGUGACCAGAUCGACAAUGAAGCCAGCUUCUCCGAGAUUGUUGGCUAUCUCGAAAGGCAGUACGAUGACAUUCUUGCGGAGGAGUCGCGCAUCAAGCGUAACCCCCGCUUCAGGGACAACCGUGUCCACGCCAUGCUCUACUUCAUCACCCCGACCGGCCAUGGUCUCCGUGAGCUGGACAUCGAGCUUAUGAAGCGCCUUGCGCCCCGAGUCAACGUCAUUCCCGUGAUCGGCCGCGCUGAUACGCUCACCCCAGCUGAGCUUGCCGAGUCCAAGAAGCUAGUGAUGGAGGAUAUCGAGCAUUACCGUAUCCCCGUCUACAACUUCCCUUACGAUAUCGAGGAGGAUGAUGAGGAUACCGUAGAGGAGAACGCCGAACUCAGGGGUCUCAUGCCGUUCGCUAUUGUCGGCUCGGAAGAUAUCAUCGAGAUUGGAGGACGCAAGGUCCGCGCUCGCCAAUACCCAUGGGGUGUUGUUGAGGUCGACAACCCGCGCCAUUCCGACUUCUUGGCUAUCCGUUCGGCCUUGUUGCACUCGCAUCUCGCCGAUCUGAAGGAGAUCACCCACGAUUUCCUAUACGAAAACUACCGUACCGAGAAGCUCAGCAAGAGCGUUGAGGGUGGUGCUGGAGUUGACUCCUCAAUGAACCCUGAGGAUCUCGCAUCCCAAUCCGUCCGACUCAAGGAGGAGCAGCUGCGUCGUGAGGAGGAGAAGCUUCGUGAGAUUGAGGUUAAGGUCCAACGCGAGAUCAACGAGAAGCGCCAGGAGCUCCUCGCCCGCGAAUCUCAGCUUCGUGAGAUCGAAGCCCGCAUGCAACGCGAAGCGGCGGCUGCUGCCCAAGCAGGGACACCCACUACCAGCCACAGCCAUCAGGAAAUUAACGGUUCCCCAGAUGGAAACUAAGCACCAACGACACUAGCACACACAUACCUAAUCUGUCGUCUCUGUUUACAUCCACAUGAACAGCUUCAAUACCCCACAGGGCGACCGGGUCAUUAUACGCAGGCGUUGGUUCUUUUGUGUUGUUCGUUGUUUGAUAAAAUAUUCCCCGCUAUUUUGCGACUUUUUUUUUUACUGGAGAUGAUGGCUCCAAAGAAGACAUACGAUGGUGACGACGACAACACGGUGAGGGGUUCAGUCUCGACAAGGGCAUUCAAUCGGGUCGGUAUUCAGUGCAGCCUCAUCAAAUUGACGGGGAUACCCGCAUUGCGGCAUAGGAGCAUGUCUUCACCGCAGAGGUUUCGUGUCGAUUAGUCAGUGGAACUGGUAUGCUCAGCUUGCCUGCCGUCGACGCAGCAAGAAGUACCGAAACAGACUGCUCGGGACAAGAAGAAGGCCUGGGGACGUAUUGACGGGAAACGAUUAUUACCGUAUGACUUGUCUUGAUUAUUCUAGAGGCCUUAGGUUUUGUCCAAGACCUGUGGCACCACCCCGAAUUUUCCAACUUCUACUAUUGGACUUCUAAUGCAGAUAUCAACUAAAUUAAAUGCACUUCACUUGUCUCGGAUCAUAUAUAUAACAUUGAGCUAGUGAUGAGCGUGUGUGUACUCCUACCACAUAGAGAUGCUAACACUUAAAAGUUGUUG